GAGGCGGAGUGCAGAACAUCUCCGCAGGAAACGUCACCGUUACGUCAUCCACACGCGACUGCAGUUUACGUCUAUGGGCACACCGGAGGGCGGCAGCUGCCUUCAGUUUCCGAGACAACAGUCGGCUAGUUUCUUAAAAUAUGGAAACUACUAUAGUAAUGUAGUGUUUUUAAAUGACCAGAGAUACCUCUCUACUUGAAGUCAGUGAGUAUAAAGUAAAGGAAUAAAGAAAUCUUGAGCUUUAAAAGCGGCUGGAGCUACACGUGGUAACGUUCAUGUUUGGUCUGUUAGGAUUUAAAUAGUUAGAUUAAAGACAGAAGGAGACUUUUAACAUGUCCCGGUACAACAAGAAAAACGGCAUCCCCGACAGAUGGCUGGAUUACAGAGCUGUUGGGAAGAGGCUCCCCGGGACGCGGUUCAUCGCCUUCAAAGUGCCUCUGAAACAGUCGUUGAACCGGAAGCUUCCGUGUUGCGAUGUGUUCGGUCCGUGGGAGCUGCUGGACGCUCUGAGCAAAGACGAGCAGCGGCUGGGUCUGAUCAUCGACCUGACGUUCACCACGCGCUACUACACGCUACAGGACAUCCCAGACUCGCUGCUGUUUGUGAAGAUCUUCACAGCCGGACACGAGGUCCCCAGCGACGAGACCAUCCUGAGCUUCAAACGCGCCGUACGCAGGUUUCUACGGGAGAACGCCGACAACGACGAGCUGAUAGGAGUCCACUGCACGCACGGGCUGAACCGCACCGGCUACCUGAUCUGCAGGUACCUGAUCGACGUGGACGGGAUGGAUCCUAAAGAGGCGGUCGAGUUGUUCAACUCGUCGCGGGGCCACGACGUGGAGAGACAGAACUAUCUGGACGAUCUACAACGGGGGCCGAAGAGGAGUAACGUGGGGAUGGAGGAGUCUGAGCAGGAGCCAAUGAGAGGCCUCGCCGCCCAUCGGCCGAGUUACGCCGGUUCAGACUCUGACAGCCGAGACGAGAGGCAGCCGCGCUUUAAUGACUCCCGGCACCAAAGCAGAUCUUUCUCUCCGAGGGAAACCAACCAGCGCUCGCCCCACAACCGCCUUCCACCCGGCGGCCGCGGCCUUCUUCCCAGUCCGCCUUUACUGCCUCCAUGGGCGGCGCCUCCACGCGCGGCGCCUCUCGACCCGUACCGGUGGACGGCCCCUCACGUUGACAGCUCGUGGAGGAGACCGCCUCGCUCAGACGAGUCCAGAAAUCAUCCACCUGAGGAGACGAGGUCCCGAUACAGUCCAUCAGAAGAGAGCCGGUCCAGAUAUCUUCCACCGACCGAGGCAAGAUCUAGAUAUUCUGUACCGAAAGAGACCGGAUCCAGGUAUCUCCCCCCGACCCAGACAGGAUCCACAUAUCCGCCACGGACCGAGAGCCGGUCCAGACAUCCCCCACCGGAGCGGGGGAGGAGGCCGCCGUCCCGCCUGCCGGAGGACAGACGGAGAGAUCCCGCGCCUCCUCCGUCCCUCCCUCGUUACUCCGCACGCUGGGCCAAUGAUACCAAGGGCCACGAGAGGAGGAGUGGGCCGCCCCCAGAAUGAGACACCCCUCCUCCACGCAAACACACAGACACAGAGUCAACACGUUCGACGACUACUAGAGUAUCGCCGGACGCGGAGAUCCGCUGCGUUAUUAACGCUGUGCUGUUUGGUUUACAGCUUCAUCAGACUUCUCUAGGGGUACAUGAAUGGGAAAUUCUGAAUUCAGUUCUUCUGCUGUGAUUAUUCUACAUGCUCCGAGAGAGGCAAAGGGUUUCCAAAUUCAAGCUUAGGUUCUAGGGGUGUCACGAUUUAGAUUUUAAACCGAAAAACUAAAAUUAGCUGUCCAUUUCGAAAUCAAAAGCGGGAUCGGCGAUUCCCCUGGUAUAUUUUUCUCUCUUUAUUUUCGCCUACUUCGCAUAACAAACUGUGUUUUUUUCUUUUCGUAGCUUACCAACUGGUAAGCUACUCAACGGUAGUGAGUAGUAUUACAGACAGAUGUCUUAAAAGCUGGGCUGGGAGUUUCACCGGAGGCUGAGAUCCGUUACCAACGGUGGGAUGUUCGGUUUACAGCUGAGAGCGCCACUGCACAGACUUCUUUCAUCGAUGGGACAUUCUGAAUGAAAUUCUCCUGCUGGGAUUAGUCUGCGUGUUUGAAGAAGCAUGUUUUUUUUUCCCAGUUAAGAAUCAGGUUCUAAAGGUGUCCCGAUUUGGAUUCAUAUCGCAAGUCGAUUGAAAUGAGCUUUCCAUGUCGUCUAUCGAAAUCAGACGCAGGAUCGGCGACUGCCCUAGUAUAUUUUUUUCUCUCUCUCCACCCCCAACUACUUGCGCACGUUUGAAGAAAAAACAGACACUGUUUGCUGCUGGUAGCAUGCAGCUAAAGACACUUUUUUUUUUUUUUAAAUUGAAUGGAAUCGUGACACCCCUAAUAGGUUUACAUGUUUUUAAAAUGUAUUGAAAGAGAUUUUGGUUGUUGGAUUAUAUUAAUGGAUCGGUUUCAGCUCAAAAGACCCUUUUUUUACUGUUUAUUUCUCCCCAGCCUGCGGGUGUUGCAGUUGUUUGGACAGCCGGCUCUACGGCGCAGCAUCUCACUGCGUACGAGAGUGAAAAUUAGAGUGUCUGAAAAUUAAUUGACUGGAGACAAAGAUCAAAAGCUCCGAUGGAAACUAAUGUGUGGAGCAGCCAAAGUCGCUGUGCAGCUCCUAAAGUUCCCACCUUUGAAUUCCCUCUCUGUGUUUCCUGGCCGAGCUGCAAACAAAAAGAGGGAAUUUGUAAAAAAAAAAAAAGAAGAAAAAGACACAAAGCUCAAAGAUCUCUACGUGCCUUGUUGUGUGAUGAAUGCCGAUUCAACUCUGCAGAGAGAAGAACUGUUGACAUGUUCAUGUCACGUUUUAUUUAGUUUUUAUUGGCCUCAUAUUUUAUGUAUUUUAUUUCCCCCACUAAAGAGGCUUCUUCUCUUUUUA